UACAUAUUUUUUCGCUUUAUAGUUGCCGUUCUAGUGUUGUUUGCUAAGCUUAAUUUGUGUGAAAAGUUGAAUGAUUGGAAGAUUAUUUAUUUAUAAACUAUCAAAUUUUCAACUGGAAUAGUGAACAAACUAAAAAAAUCUGAACGCAGAGCGAUAUAAAUUAACAACAAAAUGACGACCGACAUUUCUAUUGUUCGAUGGGACCCUAGUCAGGGUCCGGGAAACGAAUAUAUCGACGAAUACGAAUACGAUGGGGGGAACUCCAGCUCCCGUCUUUUUGAACGUUCCCGAAUAAAAGCUCUUGCUGAAGAGCGUGAAAAUGUUCAGAAGAAGACGUUUACAAAGUGGGUUAACUCACAUUUAUGUCGAGUUAACUGUAGAAUUGGAGAUUUAUAUGUUGAUAUGAGAGAUGGAAAAUAUUUAAUAAAACUGCUUGAAGUAUUGUCUGGUGAACGUUUACCUAAACCAACCAAAGGGAAAAUGAGGAUUCAUUGUUUGGAAAAUGUGGAUAAAGCGUUGCAAUUUCUGCGUGAGCAACGGGUUCAUUUGGAAAAUAUCGGAUCACAUGAUAUAGUGGACGGAAACGCUUCUCUCAAUUUGGGUCUUAUUUGGACCAUCAUUUUAAGAUUCCAAAUACAAGAUAUAACAAUUGAGGAAGUUGACAACAAAGAGACUAAGUCAGCCAAAGACGCUUUGCUACUGUGGUGUCAAAUGAAAACUGCUGGUUACAAUAAUGUAAAUGUUAGAAACUUUACCACUUCUUGGCGAGAUGGACUGGCAUUUAAUGCCAUAAUUCAUAAACAUCGCCCCGAUUUAGUGCAAUUCGAAAAAUUAUCUAAAGCGAACCCUUUGUAUAACUUGAACAAUGCAUUUGACGUUGCCGAAGAAAAAUUGGGCCUAGCUAAGUUGCUUGAUGCUGAGGACGUGUUUGUGGAUCACCCUGAUGAGAAGUCUAUAAUUACCUAUGUAGUAACCUACUAUCAUUACUUUAGUAAACUAAAGCAAGAAACUGUUCAAGGCAAGAGAAUAGGUAAAGUCGUCGGAAUAGCUAUGGAAAAUGAUAAGAUGAUUAAUGACUAUGAGAAUUUCACAAGCGAUUUGUUGAAAUGGAUCGAAACAACUAUUCAAGCUCUAGGAGAAAGAGAAUUUGAAAACUCCUUAACCGGUGUCCAAAGCCAAUUAGCACAAUUUUCGAACUAUCGUACUAUAGAAAAGCCACCUAAAUUUGUGGAAAAGGGCAACUUAGAGGUUUUGCUUUUUACUCUCCAAUCAAAAAUGCGUGCAAAUAACCAAAAACCAUACACUCCUAAAGAAGGAAAGAUGAUUUCUGAUAUAAAUAAAGCCUGGGAAAGAUUGGAAAAAGCGGAACAUGAGCGCGAGCUAGCACUGCGCGAAGAAUUAAUUCGUCAAGAGAAGUUAGAACAACUUGCUGCUCGUUUUGAUCGUAAAGCUUCUAUGAGAGAGACAUGGCUUUCUGAAAAUCAGAGAUUGGUUAGCCAAGAUAACUUUGGAUUCGAUUUAGCAGCUGUAGAAGCCGCCGCAAAGAAACACGAGGCUAUUGAAACCGACAUAUUUGCUUAUGAAGAACGUGUUCAAGCUGUUAUCGCUGUAUGUGAUGAAUUAGAUUCAGAACGAUACCACGAUGUUAAGCGCAUAUUGCUUCGUAAAGAGAAUGUUAUGCGACUGUGGUCUUAUUUGCUUGAAUUGUUACGAGCACGUAGAAUGCGGUUAGAAAUAUCAUUACAGUUACAGCAAAACUUCCAAGAAAUGCUGUAUAUUUUGGAUAAUAUGGAAGAAAUUAGGCAGCUACUUCUAACCGAUGACUAUGGCAAACAUUUAAUGGGUGUAGAGGACUUACUUCAGAAGCAUUCUCUUGUUGAGGCGGAUAUAAAUAUUCUCGGUGAACGCGUUAAGGUAGUAGUACAAAAUUCUCAGAAAUUCUUAAGUGAUGAUCCAGAAUCAUAUAAGCCAUGUGACCCUGAAAUCAUUGUUAGUCGUGUUCAACAAUUAGAAGAUGCCUAUGCUGAAUUGGUUCGAUUAGCUGUGGAACGCCGCAGUCGUUUGGAAGAGAGUCGUAAGUUAUGGCAAUUCCAUUGGGACACCGCCGACGAAGAAAAUUGGAUAAAGGAAAAGGAGCAAAUCGUAUCGACUGAUGAAAUUGGACACGAUUUGACAACAGUUAACUUAUUAUUGAGUAAACAUAAAGCGUUGGAGUCUGAAAUAUCAUCACAUGAUCCUCAAUUGCAAGGGGUUGCUAAAGUAGGCGCCGAAUUAAUAACAGAAGGACACUUUGGAGCUGAUCGAAUUAAAGACCGACUAAAGGAAAUUCUAUCUAAAUGGGAUCAUUUACUUGAUUUAACUAAGUACAGACGACAACGUCUUGAGAAUGCGGUUGAAUACUUCCAACUAUUUGCUGACGCUGAUGAUAUAGAUAAUUGGAUGCUUGACACACUAAGAAUCGUUUCUAGUGAAGAUGUUGGUCGUGAUGAGGCUAACGUGCAAUCGUUGCUUAAAAAGCAUAAAGAUGUUGCAGAUGAGCUUAAAAACUAUGCGGAAGUUAUUCAAAUUCUUCACAAGCAAGGGGAAGACUUGAAAUUGAACGAAACAGAAAGAGAAAACGUAUUUAAACGGUUGGAAGCCAUAGAUUCACGGUACAGAGAGUUGACAGAGUUGGCUAAGUUGCGAAAACAACGUCUGCUAGAUGCAUUGAGCUUGUACAAAUUAAUGUCUGAAGCCGAUGGUGUUGAACAAUGGAUAAAAGAAAAAACAAAAAUGUUAGAUACAAUGACACCUGGAAAAGACAUUGAAGAUGUCGAAAUAAUGAAGCAUCGCUUUGAAGGCUUCGAUAAGGAAAUGAACUCCAACGCUUCUCGUGUUGCUGUUGUUAAUCAAUUGGCAAGACAGUUGCUGCAUGUUGAGCAUCCUAAUUCGGACGAAAUAUUGGAGCGACAAAAUCAUCUCAAUCAAGAAUGGUCAACAUUACGUGAAAAAGCUGAAGUUAAAAUGGAUGACCUUAAAUCUGCUCAUGGAGUACAGACAUUCUAUAUUGAAUGUAGAGAAACCAUUUCUUGGAUAGAAGAUAAGAAACGAAUUCUGACAGAAACCGAUAGUUUAGAGAUGGACUUAACCGGUGUAAUGACUCUACAGAGACGAUUGAGUGGCAUGGAAAGAGAUUUGGCAGCUAUCCAAGCAAAACUAUCAAGCUUAAGUAAAGAAGCAGAUAGUAUUGAAAAUGAUCAUCCCGAAGAGGCACAAAUAAUUCGGGACAGAAUUUCUCAAAUUGAACUCAUUUGGGAGCAGUUAACUCAAAUGUUAAAGGAACGUGAUUCCAAAUUGGAAGAAGCAGGUGAUUUACAUAGAUUUUUGCGAGAUUUGGAUCAUUUCCAGACUUGGCUGACAAAGACACAAACUGACGUGGCUUCAGAAGAUACACCAACUUCCUUGCCUGAGGCCGAGAAACUUUUGAAUCAACAUCAAUCUAUUCGGGAAGAAAUAGAUAACUACACUGAAGAUUAUAAGAAUAUGAUGGAAUAUGGAGAGCGCUUAACUUCAGAAUCGAACACUACGGAUGACCCACAGUAUAUGUUCCUUCGUGAAAGGUUGAACGCCUUAAAAGAUGGUUGGGAAGAGUUGCAUCAAAUGUGGGAAAAUCGCCAAGUUUUGCUUUCCCAGAGUCUUGAUCAACAGUUGUUUAAUAGAGAUGCUCGCCAAACAGAGGUGCUAUUAAGUCAGCAAGAGCACUUCCUUAGUAAAGAUGAUACUCCAGUUAACUUAGAGCAAGCUGAAAAUCAACUUAAACGACAUGAAGCUUUUCUUACUACCAUGGAGGCGAACGAUGACAAGAUAAAUACACUGUUACAAGUUGCCGAUACUCUUGUUGAGAAAGAACAUUUUGAUGCCGACAAAAUUGGAAAGAGAGCUGAGAAUAUUGCUGGUCGGCGUGACGAUAAUCGCCAACGUGCUUUGGAUCAGCAUGAGAAAUUAAAGAAUCAAGUUAAAUUGCACGAAUUUCUACAAGAUCUGGAGGAACUGGCUGAGUGGGUUCAGGAAAGAUAUGUAACAUCCCAAGAUGAAACAUAUCGAAGUGCUAAAACAAUUCAUUCUAAGUGGACACGUCACCAAGCCUUCGAGGCAGAGAUUGCGGCUAAUAAAGAACGUUUAUUUGAGGCUGAAAGGGCAGCUGAGGAACUAUCAAAAGAGAAACCAGAAUUCAAGGAUAUUAUAGACCCUAAAUUGAAAGAGCUCGGUAAACAAUUUCAAGAUCUGGAAGUGCACACAAAGGAGAAAGGUGCAAUGUUAUUUGACGCAAAUCGUGAAGUUUUGGUACAGCAAACUUGCGACGAUAUUGAUUCUUAUAUUACUGACUUGGAGAAGCAAAUCGUAAAUGCAGAUACCGGCAAUGACCUCACAUCAGUAAAUAUUCUUAUGCAGAAACAACAAGUUAUUCAAACCCAAAUGGCAGCUAAAGAACGACAAGUCGAAGAGAUUGAUAAACAAACCGAAUAUUUACAAAAGACAACACCAUUGGAGAAAAUUGAACCAAUUGUAACUAAAAAGACGGCUGUCCUCGAUAGAUUUGAAAAGAUCAAAGCACCACUUGUCGAACGUCAAAAGCAGCUGGAAAAGAAGAAGGAAGCAUUCCAAUUCUGCCGUGACGUUGAAGAUGAAAAGUUAUGGAUUGAUGAAAAAUUGCCCUUAGCUACGUCGAAAGAUUUCGGAAAUUCCUUGUUCAAUGUCCAUGUAUUGAAAAAGAAAAAUCAAUCACUUGCAACAGAAAUUGAUAAUCAUGAACCUAGAAUAAUGUCUAUUUGUAAUAAUGGCAGAAAAUUGAUUGAUGAAGGUCACGAAGAUGCUAAAAAGUUCGAGAGUCUAAUAAGCGAUUUGACACAAAGUUGGCAAGAACUUAAAGAUGCCAUUGAUAAUCGUAAAAAGAAUCUCUUAGAAUCUGAAAAGGUACAACAAUAUUUCUUCGAUGCACAAGAGGCUGAGUCGUGGAUGAGCGAGCAAGAGUUAUACAUGAUGGUCGAGGAUCGCGGAAAAGAUGAGAUAAGUGCGCAAAAUUUAAUGAAAAAACAUGAAAACUUAGAGCAAUCAGUUGAAGAUUAUGCCAACACUAUUCGGCAGUUAGGUGAAAUUGCUAGGCAAUUUAACACAGAAGACACUGGCAGUGGUGAUGCCGUGUCUGUUAAGCAAUCCCAAUUGGACAAACUUUAUGCUGGUCUUAAAGACUUAGCUGGAGAACGAAGGGCACGCUUGAAUGAAGCAUUACAGUUGUUUAUGUUAAGCAGGGAAGUCGACGAUUUGGAGCAAUGGAUUACAGAUAGAGAAGUUGUUGCUGGGUCGCAAGAGCUUGGACAAGAUUAUGAUCAUGUGUCACUGCUCUCCGAACGAUUUGAUGAAUUUGCUCGUGACACAGAAGCCGUUGGCGGGGAAAGGGUUGCUAAAGUGAACAAUAUUGCUGACAAUUUAAUUCAAGCGGGUCAUUCAGAUUCCGCGACUAUUGCAGAAUGGAAGGAUAAUUUAAAUGAAUCGUGGCAAGAUCUUUUGGAACUAAUUGAGACUCGUACACAAAUGUUGGCUGCUUCGAAAGAGCUUCACAAAUUCUUCCAUGACUGUAAAGACAUAUUGAGUCGUAUUAUUGAGAAACAACAUGGUGUUUCUGAUGAAUUAGGACGUGAUGCUGGAUCGGUAUCAACUUUGCAACGAAAACAUCACAAUUUCAUGCAGGAUCUUAUGACACUUUACUCACAAGUGCAACAAAUUCAAGAAGAGUCUGCAAAGCUUCAGGAUUCGUAUGCUGGUGACAAAGCUAAGGAAAUCACUAACCGGGAACAAGAAGUCCUUCAUGCAUGGGCUAACUUGCAAUCGAUGUGCGAUGCUCGCAAACAAAAGCUUGCUGAUACUGGAGACCUGUUCAGAUUCUUUAAUAUGGUUCGAAUAUUGAUGAUUUGGAUGGAAGACCUUGUAAGACAAAUGAACACAUCUGAAAAGCCCAGAGAUGUAUCUGGUGUAGAGCUACUUAUGAAUAAUCACCAAAGUCUGAAGGCUGAAAUAGACACACGGGAGGAUAACUUUGCCGCUUGUAUUUCUCUUGGAAAGGAGUUGUUAGCCAGAAGCCAUUACGCAUCAGCAGAUAUUAAGGACAGGCUUUUGCAGUUGAAUAAUAGUCGAAAUGCUUUGUUAAGGCGAUGGGAAGAAAGAUGGGAGAACUUACAAUUGAUUUUAGAGGUAUACCAAUUCGCUAGAGAUGCUGCCGUGGCUGAAGCUUGGCUUAUUGCCCAAGAACCAUAUCUUUUGUCAUCAGAACUGGGUCAUACAAUCGACGAAGUUGAAAAUCUUAUAAAAAAACAUGAAGCAUUUGAAAAAUCUGCAGCUGCCCAAGAAGAACGUUUCAGCGCACUUGAGCGCUUAACAACAUUCGAGCUUAAGGAAAUAAAGAGACGUCAGGAAUUAGCGGAGGAAGCAGAAAGACAGCGAUUAAAAGAGGAACUAGAGGCUAAAGCGGCUUUGGAAGCUGCAGAACAGGCUAAGCGAGAAGCCGAAAAGAGUGAUAUAGUCGAUGCUGGGGCAGCAGCUGAAGAAUCAGCAGUAGUAUCUACCGCUAUUGAUUUGGAACGCACUAUAGAACCACAAACAGAACAUAUUGCUAUAUCCGCUGGUGAGGGACAGGAAGGCUAUCUUACACGAAAACAUGAAUGGGAGUCCACCACGAAAAAAGCCUCUAAUAGGUCAUGGGACAAGGUUUACGUUGUUGCAAAAGUGGGUCAGUUGUCAUUCUACAAAGAUCAAAAGGGUUAUAGGAGUAAUCCUGAAAUAACUUUCCGUUCUGAGCCAAGUUAUGAUUUACAAGGUGCAAAUAUUCAAAUAGCCACCGAUUAUACCAAAAAGAAACAUGUUUUACGAAUCAAACUUUCCGGAGGUGCUGAAUUUUUAUUACAAGCACAUGAUGAUGAAGAAAUGUCUCAGUGGGUGAUUACCCUCAAGGCCCAGAGUGACUCGACAACUGUUGCAGAGAGCAGAUCCCAAACAUUACCAGCUACUUCACAGAAAGAUGAACCAAAACGCAGAUCAUUCUUUACUCUUAAAAAAAAAUAAUGUGAGGAUGUUUAUUAAUCAUUAUUAUAACAAAAUGGCUUACAAAAUUGCACGUAAAAUAUGCUUUAUAUCUGUGCAUUUCAAAGUAUUUAAUAAAACAUUUAUUCCUUAAAAUCUUGAAAAAGAA